GACGAGGAUGGGAUGUGGCGCAGGCGUGGCUGCAGCUUCCCAAAGUGGCUGGACAAGGGAGCGCCCGGCGUUUCUCCGGUGGCAUCCAUCGGCUUAACAGCUCAACCUCAAAGCAAAGAAAGUCGCUACCCAUCAUCGACUUCUUCGCCUCCCUCCUCGCCUCUCACCUUAUACUCUUCUCCCUCCUUCUCGACAGACUUCCACCAGCUUGAUAUUCGAAAGCUGCGACAAUGUUUAACCAAGUCCUCCCGCGAGCAUGCGCUCGGAAAGUCGGAGCCGUUCGAACAACCUCCCCUGCACUCCUCAGAUACUCUCCGUCCGCCUCGCUCCUACAAGAUCGCAUGACAUGGCGAAGAGGCUAUGCGACGCCUUCUGAAGAGAAAGACCUCGUCAUCAUCGGUGGCGGUGUGGCGGGAUAUGUCGCCGCGAUCAAGGCCGGACAAGAAGGCUUGAAGGUCGCUUGCAUAGAGAAACGCGGCGCGCUCGGUGGCACCUGUCUCAACGUCGGCUGCAUUCCGUCCAAAUCCCUCCUCAACAACUCCCAAAUCUACCACCAAACCCUCCAUGACACCAAGAACCGCGGCAUCGAAGUCGGCGAGGUUAAGCUCAACCUCAAACAAAUGAUGAAGGCCAAAGACACCUCCGUUGCCGGCCUCACCAAGGGCAUCGAAUACCUGUUCAAGAAGAACAACGUCGAGUACAUCAAAGGCGCUGGCCGAUUUGAAGAUGAGAACACUGUCGCUGUUGAACUGAACGAUGGAGGAGAGACCACCCUUCGAGGCAAGAAUAUCAUCAUCUCCACCGGCUCCGAAGCCACUCCCUUCCCUGGCCUCGAGAUCGACGAGAAGCGAGUCAUUACAUCCAACGGAGCCAUUGCGCUGGAAGAGGUACCAAAACGCAUGGUGGUCAUCGGAGGCGGCAUCAUCGGACUCGAGAUGGCUUCCGUCUGGUCGCGGCUGGGGAGCGAGGUGACCGUGGUCGAGUUUCUCUCUCAAAUCGGCGGCCCCGGCAUGGACUCCGACAUCAGCAAACAGUCGCAAAAGAUCCUGGCCAAGCAAGGCAUCAAAUUCAUGCUCAACACCAAAGUCAACUCAGGCGAUGCCUCCGGUGACAACAUCAAGAUUGAGGUUGAAGCCGCGAAGGGUGGCAAAGGGCAGACACUCGACUGCGAUGUCGUUCUCGUCGCCAUCGGCCGUCGUCCAUACACCAAGGGCCUCGGUCUUGACAAGGUCGGUCUAGAAACCGACGACAAGGGCCGCCUCGUCAUCGACUCGGAAUACCGCACCAAGAUUCCCCACAUCCGCGCCAUUGGCGAUUGCACUUUCGGCCCCAUGCUCGCCCACAAGGGUGAAGAGGAAGGUGUCGCUGCGAUCGAAUUCAUUACCAAGAACUACGGACACGUCAACUACGGCGCCAUUCCCGCCGUCAUGUACACCCAUCCCGAAGUAGCGUGGGUGGGACAGAACGAGGCCGAGCUCAAGGAGGCCGGCGUCAAAUACCGCGUCGGCACUUUCCCCUUCUCCGCCAACUCUCGGGCCAAGACCAACCUCGACACCGAUGGCAUGGUCAAGUUCCUCGCUGAUGCCGAGACGGACCGGAUAUUAGGCGUGCACAUCAUCGGCCCGAACGCCGGCGAAAUGAUUGCGGAGGCGACGCUGGCGAUAGAGUACGGGGCGUCAUCAGAGGACAUUGGCCGGACCAGCCAUGCGCAUCCCACGCUGGCCGAGGCGUUCAAGGAGGCAGCAAUGGCCACGUACUCCAAAGCUAUUCAUGUCUAGAUGGGGGUCAAUCCGGAGUGUGGUCCUCGCUGAAACAUGGCAAAAGUGGAAUUUGACGGGAGAGCUGGUGGCUGAUCCUACGUACGUCUUGUGUAAUCAUACUGCAGCGAAUUCAUACACGUUCACAGGAUGGAAGC